CCCCCCUCAAGUCGGAUCACUCAUUACCCACCCCCUCUUCCAAAAACAAAUGUCUGUACCCUCCUUCUCUGUUUCCCUGCUGCAGACAGAAGUCAUCUCAUGUGCAGAGAGACCAGAUGUUUCAGUGAGCUUAUAGGUAAAUUAAAAACAUUAGAAGAAAAACACUGCAGGCGAUUGAGGCAAACCAUUGACUAACAUAGAAAACAAGAAUGGACACCUGGACUUUUACAAAAUUCCUUCCUGCAUAUCGUUGCCUUCUCUUCGGUCUGCUAUAUUUGUAUUGGUCUAAUGGAGCUACAGGACAGAACAUGCAAGAGCGGGACGGUGUGUGCAACGCAGAGGGAUGCUACUCUAUUCACCUCCAGCGCAAGACUUUCCGUGAGUCCUGGAGGAUCUGCAAGGAUAAAGGGGGAAACCUGGCAACGGUUAAACGACCGGAGGAGGCAUCCUUGAUCCACGAGUUGCUAUCAUCAGGGGUAAGACGUGCCCCUCGACCCAGAAUCAGGCUGUGGAUCGGUCUCCAGCGCCAGCCUCGGCAGUGCUCGGCCACACGUCCUUUGAGGGGCUUCACCUGGAUCACCGGAGACCAGGAAACGCAGUACACAAACUGGCAACGGGAUGACGUGUCCAACGCGUGUGCUGCCCACCGCUGUGUGGUCAUUACUUACAACACCGCUGACAGAAGUGGCAGUGACCAGAACAACUUCAAAUGGCUGGACGGCUCUUGCACAGUGGCUGUGGAUGGUUUCCUCUGCCGUUAUUCUUACCAAGGCAUGUGCCCGGCUCUUCAGAAAGAGGGAGGGGGACCUGCACUGUACACCACCCCAUUUCACAUGGUCAGCACUGUUCUUACCCACAUCCCGUUCGGAACUGUGGCCACCGUCCCGUGUCCUGAUGGUGAGAAGGAAGACCAGUCGGUGCUUUGCAUGCUGAGGGAAGAUGGGAGUGUUGGGUGGUCUAAGGAUGCCCCGCUCUGCACCGACAUUGUUUCAAAAGAUUGGUGUGAACAUGAAAACGGUGGCUGCGAGCAUUACUGCGUAAACACGGAUAAACAUUACUUCUGCGAGUGCUCUGAGAAUUACGAGCUGGUAGAGGAUGGUAAGUCCUGCCAGCAUUCUGACCCUUGCCAAACUGCAAACUGUGAAUUUGAGUGCGAGGUCACUCCUCAGGGUCAACGGUGCAAGUGUCCUGAGGGUUUCCUCCUGUCGGAUGACGGUCAGAACUGUCUUGAUAUAGACGAGUGCUUGCAGCAACCAUGCCCGCAGGUAUGCGUCAACACCCUUGGUACAUUCGAGUGUUUGUGCAAUGACGGCUAUCUUCCCACUGAGUUUGGAGAAUGUCUGGAUGUGGAUGAAUGCAUGGAGGGAAAGUGUGAUCAUUUGUGCGAGAACCUGCCCGGUUCCUACGUGUGCAGCUGUCAUGAGGGAUUCUCUUCGAAUGGUGAAGAUCCGGAUCAGUGUGAAGAUGCCGACGAGUGUGAAAUUCCAAACAUUUGCCAUCAGAUUUGCAGAAAUUUGGAAGGUGGAUUCGAGUGCCUUUGUGAGGACGGCUAUCUGUUGCAGGAGGACCGGUACAACUGUUGGCCAAUCGAAGAUGAUGUCGAACACCUGACCACUGUAUCGGCCGAUGCGACAUUAAACGAACCCUCUGAACUAGUAACAGAUGCCAGUCCUCCGGAGUGGUUAACAGAUUCUCCAAGCAUAGAUUGGGUUCCUACUUAUUUAAACUGGUUUGCAGAGACAGAACAGGAAAGAGAUAUGACCACCCAGGAAGCUGAUUUAUCUGAAGAAGCAUCCUCCAAAUCACAUUCAUCUCAUAUUUGGAUGGACACGACAACUUCUGCACAUGCUGAUUCAAAUGACGAGGAUGCUAAACUGUGGUUGAAUGAGGAGGAAAUGAAUCCCAAUGGUGAUACAACAGAUGCAAGGACCUUUGAGGACAACAGACUCAUCGCUUCAACUCCAAAACCAAAGAAUAGAGAUUUUGUUGUGCUCACCCCAGCAGCAUCACAAACACCUGAGGGUACGCUGGCAUCAGCAUCAGGGACGGAACAGCAGAAGAAGCAUGAUAAAAGCUGGCUGCUUGUGGCACUGCUAGUGCCCCUCUGCGUCUUUAUUGUGGUCAUGUUGGCACUAGCCAUUGUUUAUUGCACCAGCUGUGCUGUAGAGCCCCGGAACAAAAGCGUAACAGACUGUUACCGCUGGGCCACCACCUCCAAGCCAGAAAAGCCAAACACUGCAAAAUCUCGAGCUUGAGUGAUGAAUUAUCAUGACUUUGUCAAGCAGAAGUGACUCUGGACUUUGUCAAGCUGUUUUCACUUCGGCAUUCUGUAGGAUACUGUGGAACACAAAGAAUGACUUUAUUUUCAAAUGCAAGUUGAGCAGUAACCGUAAAUGGCAAAAUAGUAGUGUAAAUAGAAAUGUGCAACAGAGAUUUUGUGGAAAGUGAGACAAAAUUUUGCAUGCAACUCCGUUUCAUAUGAUGAAGCCUUCAACUAGAAAAAAAUGAAGUCACACAUGUUAUGUAGCAGCACCCCCAACAGUAAAGUAUGUUACUAAAUCUGUUUAUGAACUAUCUUUUGUCAUUUAUAUUAGACACACUUCUUAAUUUAAUGCAUCUCUUACUUAUCACUUCAUAAUACUUUACCAAAAUUGUCGUAUCAUUAGUUUAAAGAAAAUAUAACAGUAAUGGUUGCAGCAAACAAAAUCACUAUGUUUUUUGUUAAGCAACAAUUCUUGUUUUUCCAAAAAAGUAAUUGUAGGUAAUUGUUGCUCUCUGUCUCUGUCUCAUUGAUUUAACUUUCAGCAUACGUUCAGCGAUUGCAGUUAAGCCUUUUUGUGUUGUACAGUCACAGUUACAUCAGUAGUUGUCGCUGUCUGACAUUUCAGAUAUUUUAGGCUUUUUAACGAUCAAAUUUUUUUUAACAAAUUAUUAAAAUAUGUUUUAAUAAAGGCUUAACUUUUAACAAAAUUUUCUUUUCUAAAGGUUUGUUGUUUC